AUGACUUCAGUUCUUCUUCUCACUCUGUUUAUGUGUGGGUUUGGAAUAGGAGCCACUGUAAUCCAAUUAAACAAUGAUCCACAACAAUUAGGAUCAGAACAAGAGAAUAGCCCACAGGAGGACCCAGAUGAGGGCUUUGGAGGCCCAGAUGGCUUUCUCAGACCAAGAACAUCAAAUGCACAAAACAUAGAACCAGUUAAUCCAGGAUAUGACCCAGAUGUAUCAGACAUUCUUUGUGAAAAGUGCCCUGCCGGUUGGACGUAUUUUGAAGAACGCUGUUACAUAUAUAUUGAUACCACAAAGGAUUGGAUUGGAGCUGAGAAACAUUGUCUUGACAUUGGUGGAAAUCUGGCUUCCGCUGAAACUUCAACAGAAUUUCUAUUCAUCAGAUAUUUCAUCUACCUUGAAGCAGGAUCUAACACAAAAACUUGGCUUGGAGCCCAUGAUACAGUGGCGGUGAGGUCAACUUCUAUUAAAAAAAGUUGA